UAAAUUGUUUCCAGAGCUUAAAAAAUGGUAAAACAGGUGUUAGUAUUUCAGAAUAGUGAAAUACUAUUUCAUUAUAAAAUGUGGCAUUCAAAUAAGUGAGUACACGUCCUCUCCAUGUCCUGAUUUGUAUAGGUUCAGUGUAAACUAAACCUUGUAACACACACACACACACACACAUCUGUGAGCAAUAAGCUUCCCACCCCCAUCUCCUUCAGCAUUAACCUUCUGAAUGCGUGCGUAAAAGGCGAUUCUACCAAAACCGGUUGGAUGGGCGGUGCACACAAAUACGCACGCAUCCAUUCGAACCGGUGGAUGAACUUCAGCGGGAUAAUGGAUGAACGCCCCAGAUAGACAGCAAGAGCGCACCGCGUGCGCUGAUCUCCAGACGUCAAUGUAUUGGAAGAAAACACCCACCCACGACGAAGUGACUCACAGUUCGAAGUAGUUGAAUCAGCGCGCGUCGGUGCGGACGGAGAGAUCCCGCGUGCGCUGCCUCGCUCGCCUCGGCUACUUAAAGCUCUGCCGAUCGAGACGCUGGUAGCGGUAUGGAUUGCGUGCGGGCUACCUGUGCGCGCUGGUGCGCGUCCUCAUAGAGAGCGACCCAAGUCGUCCUGAGCCGAAGCUGCUGACCAGCGGGAGAACCGUCCCACAAGAACCGUCCGAGAGAAAGCACCUAGAGGAACCGUCCGAGAGCCCAACGAGUCCUCCCAGUGAGGUCCGCAGCGGAGGACAUGGGUGAAGAGGCCGCCGCGGGAUGUCCCCUGCUGCUCCUCAUGCUGUCGGUACUCCUCGUUAGUCCGGCGAUGGGCUUUCCGACCGGACACAAGAACGGUGUCCACAUGGCUCAUGGCCUCCCGAUUCACAGUGGUGGAGUCCAAUACGUGCCUGAGGAUUCGGAGCAGCAGAACCAAGUCCAAAGUCUCCUGUCUGAGCCCCACAGCCACCAGAGGAGGUGGUCCCACACCCAGCACGGCUCUGUUGGUGUUCUUCCGCACCCGCAGCCUGAGGAGGAGACCAAACCCUUCAUCUUAGACCUCAAGAACUUUCCAGAGCUGGCCAAUGCCGACAUCAACCCAGAGAACCCCAACAUCCAGGUAACCAUCGAGGUGGUGGACGACCCUCAGAUGGAGGCAGAGAUAGAUGUUGCCAAGGAAAAAGACUGGCUACCUUCUUCCUCCUCCUCACCCUCUUCCUUGGUGUAUUGGCUCGGUGGCAGGAAGCUUUUCUGGCCUCUGUUCUGGAGUUACAACGACAGCGAUUCCAGCGAGGACAGCAGCAACCGGUCAGGCGAGGGGGAAACUGGCGAGGGGGAAACUGGCGAGGAAGAGGAAGAGGAAGAGGAGGAUUACUCCCAGGAUUACGGUAGUGAAGAGCUGUUACCCAGCGGAGUGGGCGGAGACUGGGACACGCGCUGGAACGAAGGCUGGGAUCCCAUGCAGAGCUACUAUGAGAAUGAGAUAAAUGAGUGGACUCCAUGGUCUCCCUGUUCAAUGACAUGUGGAAACAGUAAGAGGAAGAGGACUAAGUCCUGUGGCUACUCCUGCACCCGGACAGAAACCUCCAAGUGUGACCUGGAGCCUUGUCCUGGUGAAGUCAACACUGUGGUAGAGCCUUUCCCUUUUGAGAUGGAGAAUGGCACACAGCCAUUUGGUACAGAUGUGGACAGCUGUGAGAAGUGGCUGAACUGUAAGAGCGAGUUCCUCCAGCGGUACCUCCACCAGGUGUUGUCUGAGAUGCCCAGCUGCCCCUGCUCCUACCCGUCUGAAGUGGCGUACACCGUGGUCAGCGUCUACGAUGGGCAUCAUGGCCGACCGUUUCUCUGGCGGGACGCCAGUGGCCCCAAGGAGCGCCUGGAUGUCUACAAGCCGUCGGCGCGGAGCUGCAUCCGCUCGGCGCUCGCCAGCGACUCGUCGACCCUCGCAGCGCAGCAGUGUUGCUAUGGCGACCGCGGUCGGCUGAUCACGCGCGGGAAAAGCGCGGGAACGCCUAACCUGAUCAGCAUUGAGUUCUCCCCUGAGCUGCACUUUAAGGUCGACGUGCUCCCUUGGAUUCUCUGCAAGGGGGACUGGAGUCGCCUCCAUGCUGUGCGCCCACCAAAUAAUGGAUUGAGCUGCCCAGAAAAUCCCCACGAAGACGUGUUCAUGAACGAACUGGAGGAGGCCAGGGAGUACUGAGGGGCCACAGCUAAAGCCACCACCUCACUCAGAGAGUCAAGGGGCCCGAUCCUAAUUUGAGAAGAGACGAUGAAAUGAAAUGGUACACCUGAACCCUGCUGUGCAUCAGGCAUCAACCGAGCGCUGACGGAGAGAAAUGCACAUUGGUGGUUCGGAUAUUUUAGGUAGGGUGAUUAAGUGUGGCUGUCUCAAAUUAGGAUCUGUGUCCUGAUAUCAGGCUCGCAUGAACUGAAUAAUGCGAAUGGAAAAAAUGGGGUGUUCUCCCACCACUUGCUAACCUGUUUCACACCUCUCUCUUUAUAUCCACACUCUCCUGUGUCCGUGUAAGCAUGACGUCUACAUGUUGUCUUUUUGCUGAUGUCCUGGAGCGCUUGCGAUUGACCUUAGCAGCCUAUGGUAAACAUCCAGGUCCUGCUUCUUGUAGGUUUUACAAAAUGUAUGAAUGUGGGCUGCUUAUAUAGAUGAAGGAAACACAUGCAUGGGAAAGGUCCAACAGAACUAAUAUCCCAACAAUGCUGCUACAUGAUCAAAUCCUUCAGGUUUUACAAAGGUAGUGAGGGGAACUAGACAACCGAACAUGGGUAAACCCAAAAGAUACCCCAUGAAUUUCCAGUAAUGUACGUUUCAGUCAUUCAAUUGUAUUACACUGAAAUUGGUGGUAUCGCAACCAGAGAGGUAAGCUAAAUCCAUCUUAAACAUUGUGCUCUCUGCUGAGCGUUAUUAUUAUAUUUUAUUGGCAUUAUUGUUACUCGAACAGCGACAAUUCCAUAGCACAUGUUUUUGUCCCACAGAUUUCAUCCCCCCCCCCCCUUAAGGAACCAUGGAAAAUAUGUGAUCUGGGUGCCAAAGAGUUAAAAAUCAGACAGUGGCAAAUCUCUACGGUGCAAGUCUAAGUAAAAUUCUGUUCAACAUUAAUGGGAUUAAGCUUAUAGAUCUUAACAAUCUUCUCAUGGGGACUAGCUGAACGUGACAAACACAUUUGUUCAUUUACCUCGACAGCUGAGCACUGUUACUGAGCACAGUACAAGUGUUUUGGGAUGAAGAUGAGUGGAAGCGAUGGGCUGUCCAUCUCCUGAUUGUAAUUUAUGAACAGAUAAGUUUAACAAGCAGUUGGAACCCCUAUAACAGAGUGUUAGGGAAAAGGACGCCAUGUCAUCCCAAGAUACCCUAUUUUAUCUUCAACUGUAUUUGAAUAAAAAGGACAAUACUCAAAUCCUAACCCCUGAGAGGUCAUGUAGUUGAGCCCUAACCCCGACUAACAUAGAGUGAGGGUUAAGGAAAUAGGCCGUGCUAAAUGCACCGACCAGUUAUUCAGGAUUUAUGCCUCCAGAUGUUGAAAUCACCAAACGUUAAAAAGGAAGGCACUUUAAUUAAGAAAUGUGUGUGUGUGUGUGUGUGGGGGGAGGGGGGGUGCUGGUGGGUCCAUGACUUAGCACCCCUUAACCCACUACUGGUGUUGGCCAUUUGUUGAUAUUGCUCUUAUAACCAGAAACGCUGCAUUGUUCUGUGAAAGUGUAUAUAUCAAGUGUUCUGUUGAGGAAAGCGUGAUCUUGUUGUGAUCUCUGGAGCUAGUAUUACAUAUCGUGUUGUACAGUAUUUAUUUUUCUGUUCUUUUUUUUUUUUUAAGUUCGCUGAAGCUUUGAAAUGUCUCUAUACUCAACACGGUGCACUAAUCUGACGGAGAAAUGAAGGCACCCACUAUCAAAGGGAAACCACUUGCCACAUAUCACUUGAUUCAGCAACAUAAAGUGUCUUUGCCGUCCUACUUUGUACUGCAGUGCUUUAUGGAUGUGUUGUUUCUAUUAUGCUGAAGAAAUAUAUAAAGACCUUGCAUUCAU